AUGGGGGAGCCGGCGGUGGACGCCCCCAGCCCGCCGCGCGCCUCCCCCGGAGUCCGCCGGGUCUGCGGCCGCCGACGCUGCGCCCCGCGCCCCGCGCCCUCCGCCCACCGGGCGCCAGCAGCCCUCGGCCCCGGGCUUGGCCGGCCCCCGCGCACGCCCUCCCCCAGUCAUGAACCCCCGGAGGGGGCAGCGGAGGAAGGAGGAGCUGCCGACUCGGACGUGGACGCCUUUUUCCGGACAGGAUCUUUUCGGAAUGAUGGUUUGAAAGCUUCUGAUGUCCUUCCCAUCCUAAAGGAAAAAGUGGCUUUCGUGUCUGGGGGUCGUGAUAAGCGGGGUGGACCCAUCCUGACCUUCCCUGCUCGAAGCAAUCAUGACAGAAUAAGACAGGAAGACCUUCGGAAACUUGUGACCUAUUUGGCCAGUGUGCCAAGUGAGGACGUGUGCAAACGUGGCUUCACCGUCAUCAUCGACAUGCGGGGCUCCAAGUGGGACCUCAUUAAGCCGCUCCUUAAGACGCUGCAGGAAGCCUUUCCAGCCGAGAUCCAUGUGGCCCUCAUCAUCAAACCUGACAACUUCUGGCAGAAGCAGAAGACCAACUUUGGCAGCUCCAAAUUCAUCUUUGAGACGAGCAUGGUGUCCGUGGAGGGCCUCACAAAGCUGGUGGACCCCUCCCAGCUGACGGAGGAGUUCGACGGCUCCCUGGACUACAACCACGAGGAGUGGAUCGAGCUGAGGCUCUCCCUGGAGGAGUUCUUCAACAGCGCAGUGCACCUGCUCUCUCGCCUCGAGGACCUGCAGGAGAUGCUUGCCCGGAAGGAGUUCCCCGUGGACGUGGAGGGCUCUCGGCGGCUCAUCGAUGAGCACACGCAGCUCAAGAAGAAGGUGCUGAAGGCUCCUGUGGAGGAGCUGGACCGCGAGGGGCAGCGGCUGCUGCAGUGCAUCCGCUGCAGUGAUGGCUUCUCAGGGCGCAACUGCAUCCCAGGCAGCGCCGACUUCCAGAGCCUGGUGCCCAAGAUCACCAGCCUGCUGGACAAGCUGCACUCUACCCGGCAGCACCUGCACCAGAUGUGGCACGUGCGCAAGCUCAAGCUGGACCAGUGCUUCCAGCUACGACUGUUUGAGCAGGAUGCUGAGAAGAUGUUUGACUGGAUAAGCCACAACAAGGAGUUAUUCCUCCAGAGCCAUACAGAGAUCGGAGUCAGCUACCAACAUGCCCUAGACCUCCAGACGCAACACAACCACUUUGCCAUGAACUCCAUGAACGCCUAUGUCAACAUCAACCGCAUCAUGUCCGUGGCUUCCCGCCUCUCUGAGGCCGGCCAUUAUGCCUCCCAGCAAAUCAAGCAGAUUUCCACACAGCUGGACCAGGAGUGGAAGAGCUUUGCGGCUGCCCUGGAUGAACGCAGCACCAUCCUCGCCAUGUCCGCGGUGUUCCACCAGAAGGCUGAGCAGUUCCUGUCAGGAGUGGAUGCCUGGUGCAAGAUGUGCAGUGAAGGUGGCCUCCCAUCUGAGAUGCAGGACCUGGAGCUGGCGAUCCACCAUCACCAGUCCUUGUAUGAGCAGGUGACCCAGGCCUACACAGAGGUCAGCCAGGAUGGCAAAGCACUCCUGGAUGUGCUGCAGCGUCCCCUGAGUCCCGGGAACUCUGAGUCCCUCACAGCCACAGCCAACUACUCCAAGGCAGUGCACCAGGUGCUGGAUGUGGUGCAUGAGGUGUUGCACCACCAGCGGCGACUUGAGAGCAUCUGGCAGCAUCGCAAGGUGCGACUCCACCAGCGGCUGCAGCUCUGUGUCUUCCAGCAGGAUGUCCAGCAGGUGUUGGACUGGAUUGAAAACCAUGGUGAGGCCUUUCUCAGCAAACACACUGGGGUUGGGAAGUCCCUGCAUCGAGCCCGGGCCCUGCAAAAGAGGCAUGAUGACUUUGAAGAGGUGGCUCAGAAUACGUACACCAAUGCGGACAAGCUCCUAGAAGCAGCAGAGCAGCUGGCUCAGACUGGGGAAUGUGACCCUGAGGAGAUCUACAAGGCAGCUCGACACCUGGAGGUCCGCAUCCAAGACUUUGUGCGUAGGGUGGAGCAGCGGAAACUUCUCCUGGACAUGUCUGUCUCCUUCCACACACACACCAAAGAGUUGUGGACAUGGAUGGAAGACCUUCAGAAGGAGAUGCUGGAGGAUGUUUGUGCAGACUCAGUGGAUGCUGUCCAGGAACUGAUCAAGCAGUUCCAGCAGCAGCAGACCGCUACUCUGGACGCCACACUCAACGUCAUCAAGGAAGGCGAAGACCUUAUCCAGCAGCUCAGGGACUCCGCUGUGUCCAACAACAAGACACCCCACAGUAGCUCCAUCAGCCACAUCGAGUCGGUCCUGCAGCAGCUCGAUGAUGCCCAGGUACAGAUGGAGGAGCUGUUCCAUGAGCGGAAGAUCAAGCUGGACAUCUUCCUGCAGCUGCGCAUCUUUGAGCAGUAUACCAUUGAGGUGACAGCAGAGCUCGAUGCCUGGAAUGAGGAUCUGCUCCGGCAGAUGAAUGACUUCAACACGGAGGACCUGACACUGGCAGAGCAGCGGCUGCAGCGCCACACGGAGAGGAAGCUAGCCAUGAACAACAUGACCUUUGAGGUCAUCCAGCAAGGCCAGGAUCUGCACCAAUACAUCAUGGAGGUCCAGGCCUCAGGAAUCGAGUUAAUCUGUGAGAAAGACAUUGAUCUGGCAGCCCAGGUACAAGAGCUGCUGGAAUUUCUCCAUGAGAAGCAGCAUGAAUUGGAGCUCAAUGCGGAACAGACCCAUAAGCGGCUAGAGCAGUGCCUCCAACUGCGGCACCUCCAGGCUGAAGUCAAACAGGUCCUGGGAUGGAUACGCAAUGGGGAGUCAAUGCUCAAUGCCAGCCUGGUCAAUGCCAGCUCUUUGUCUGAAGCAGAGCAGCUGCAGCGGGAGCACGAACAGUUCCAACUGGCCAUCGAGAAGACGCACCAGAGUGCCCUGCAGGUACAGCAGAAAGCUGAGGCACUGCUGCAGGCCGGUCACUACGAUGCCGAUGCCAUCAGAGAAUGUGCUGAGAAGGUGGCCCUCCACUGGCAACAGCUCAUGCUGAAGAUGGAAGACCGGCUAAAACUGGUCAAUGCAUCUGUGGCCUUCUACAAAACUUCUGAGCAGGUGUGUAGUGUCCUGGAAAGCUUAGAGCAAGAAUACCGGAGAGAUGAGGACUGGUGUGGUGGACGAGAUAAACUGGGACCAGCAGCCGAGAUUGACCACGUCAUUCCACUCAUCAGUAAACAUUUGGAACAAAAGGAGGCCUUUCUUAAGGCCUGCACCCUGGCACGGCGGAAUGCUGAAGUAUUUCUGAAGUACAUCCACAGAAACAACGUCAGCAUGCCCAGUGCCGCCAGCCACACCCGGGGACCUGAGCAGCAAGUGAAAGCCAUCUUGAGCGAGCUCUUACAGAGGGAGAAUCGUGUCCUGCAUUUUUGGACCUUGAAGAAGCGGCGGUUGGACCAGUGCCAGCAAUAUGUGGUAUUUGAACGUAGUGCUAAACAGGCACUAGACUGGAUCCAAGAAACAGGUGAAUAUUACCUCUCAACACAUACCUCCACUGGAGAGACCACAGAGGAGACUCAGGAACUGCUGAAAGAAUAUGGGGAGUUCAGGGUGCCUGCCAAGCAAACAAAGGAGAAGGUGAAGCUUCUGAUUCAGCUGGCUGAUAGCUUUGUGGAAAAAGGCCACAUUCAUGCCACAGAGAUUAGGAAGUGGGUGACCACGGUGGACAAGCAUUACAGAGACUUCUCCUUGAGGAUGGGGAAGUACCGGUACUCCCUGGAGAAAGCCCUGGGAGUCAACACAGAGGAUAACAAGGACCUGGAGUUGGACAUCAUCCCAGCAAGCCUUUCAGAUCGUGAAGUCAAGCUACGGGACGCCAACCAUGAAGUCAACGAAGAGAAGCGAAAGUCAGCUCGAAAGAAAGAAUUCAUCAUGGCUGAACUGCUCCAGACAGAGAAGGCUUACGUAAGGGACCUACAUGAGUGCUUAGAGACCUACCUGUGGGAAAUGACCAGCGGUGUGGAGGAGAUCCCCCCUGGGAUCCUUAAUAAAGAACAUAUCAUCUUUGGCAACAUCCAGGAGAUCUACGAUUUUCAUAACAACAUCUUCCUUAAAGAGCUGGAGAAGUACGAGCAGCUGCCUGAGGAUGUGGGACACUGCUUUGUUACCUGGGCAGACAAAUUUCAGAUGUAUGUCACCUACUGUAAAAACAAACCUGACUCCAACCAGCUGAUCCUGGAGCAUGCAGGCACCUUCUUUGAUGAGAUACAACAGCGGCAUGGUCUGGCCAACUCCAUCUCUUCCUACCUGAUUAAGCCUGUUCAGAGGAUCACCAAGUACCAACUGCUCCUGAAGGAACUUUUAACUUGCUGUGAAGAAGGGAAAGGGGAGCUCAAGGAUGGCCUGGAAGUGAUGCUCAGUGUCCCAAAGAAAGCCAAUGAUGCCAUGCAUGUCAGCAUGCUGGAAGGGUUCGACGAGAACCUGGAUGUGCAGGGGGAGCUGAUUCUCCAGGAUGCCUUUCAAGUGUGGGACCCUAAGUCGCUGAUCCGGAAGGGGCGGGAGCGGCACUUGUUCCUCUUUGAGAUCUCCUUGGUUUUUAGCAAGGAGAUCAAAGACUCUUCAGGACACACGAAAUAUGUUUACAAGAACAAGCUACUGACCUCAGAGCUGGGUGUGACUGAGCAUGUAGAGGGCGAUCCCUGCAAAUUCGCCUUGUGGUCUGGGCGCACCCCAUCUUCAGACAAUAAAACAGUGCUGAAAGCCUCCAACAUAGAAACCAAGCAGGAGUGGAUCAAGAACAUACGAGAGGUGAUUCAAGAAAGGAUCAUUCACCUGAAAGGCGCUUUAAAGGAGCCAAUUCAGCUCCCCAAAACACCAGCCAAACAGAGGAACAAUAGUAAGAGGGAUGGAGUGGAGGAUAUCGACAGCCAGGGGGAUGGGAGCAGCCAGCCAGACACCAUCUCCAUUGCUUCUAGGACCUCUCAGAACACAGUGGACAGUGACAAGGAUGGCAACCUUGCUCCUCGGUGGCACCUGGGACCUGGAGAUCCUUUCUCCACUUACGUUUAGCGCGCAGCCUGGGACUUGUCCCUGCAGCUCUCCGGGUUAGCCGUGCCGCCGUUGGGACCUCCCACCUGGAUUCCCAUCACCCACCUCUCUUGAAACUGCUCUGGCAGGGCUGCUGUGGGGUACAGCCUUUGCUCAGAGGCAUCAUGUUCCAAGCAAAAUCUGCCUGCCCCGGGCCAUGGGCUCACCCCUCCAGGUUCCCUGCUUCUCUACUGGGUACAAUUCAAGGUUACUGAGCUUCUCUCCAAAGUAUAAAAUGGUGGGACAGUAGGGACCUGUGAGAGGCCCCAUGGCCCAGUGUACUACCCACCCGGCUCCCUAUAUGAAUACUAGGCACCCCCAGGCCCCCGCUGAACUACAGGUCGGCAUUGUGAAUGGACAGGCUCAUGAGUGGGAGGUACUUGUCUCUGGAGUUUUUCUCCUGGAGUUUUGAACAUUUCUAAAACCAGUGGCCCCCAAACUGGAAAAACCUAUUGUUCUAAUCUAACUUGCUUCCUCCACAUCUAAGAAAGAGGGAGGAAAAAGAACAGACAGGUCAUGGAUAUGGUUAUGGAAGAUGAAAGUUAAUUCUAGCUGUUCCCUAACAUUGGCAUUUCCCCCUCCAAAUGUUCCAUCUAUGUUAGCCUACCCAAGUUUGUCACAAUUUUCUAGCUCCUCCCUAACGUCACUCAUUGCUUGGGUCUCUGGAUCCAAGACCACCCUCCCAGCCUUCACUGGCUUUCAAAUUACCCUGUGGGAGAAGAAAUAAGUAAAACAAACUGGCCACAUAUUGAUAAUCAUUAAGGCCAGUUGGGUGUGUGGGUGCUCAUUAUACCCUUCUCGCCACUUUUGUAUAUGUUUGCAAUUUUUCAUAAUAAAAAGUUUAAAAAAUAAAAGUCCUCCAUCUCCCAAGAUACUCAAGAGAGAAUCCCAAGGCCUAACAACAAAUUUCAUGGAAACCCCACACCAAGGCAAGAGGCAAAGAUGAUUCCAUUACAUAUAUAUAUAUAUGUAUAUAUGUAUUCAUUUUCUAAUUUUUUUAAAGGGCCACUGCUUUAUUUUCAAUAGACUAAAUCUUAUUUCUAACAGUUCCCAAAGUUGGGCUUACUUCCCCCAGCUGGGUUAUGGGGGAGGGCUGGGUAAAGGGUUCCUUAAAAUCCUGAAAGUUUACACUUCAAUGUAUCUCACAAUCUUUUUGUGAGGAUGGGACUUGUUCAGUGUUCUGAACUUUGCCGAGGAAAUGCGCUCGCGAUUCAAAGUGUUGUUCUCUGGAAUUGCACCUGGCUCAGGAAAGGACUGUCUUUGUACUUGAAUUUACAUCCAAUGGAGAAUCUUAACAUGGGCAUUUGCAUGACUGAGAAUUGCUGCUGUCUUUUUUCCAUAUGUCACUUUCUUGAAUGUGUUCUAAUAAAAUGAUUCUAAAGCAGGCUGUUGAUAUACAGUGAUUUAUAAAUACUUUCUGUUGAGUGCUGAGGCCCUUAACUAUCUGCCAAGAACCCACCCCAUCUCAAUCCCACUUUCUGGAAGGAUCUGUCUAGCUGGGGACAGAUGCAGUGAGGGCAUGUCUAGCACGCCAGCAGCACCACCCCAGUUGCAGUCACUCGUAGGAGUCAUGUCAACCCCAGCAAUUUUGUCUUCUGGUUGCCUAGCAGCAGAAUUUGUUUUCCAGAAUAAAGAUGGCCAUAUGUAGCAGAUGAGUGUGGUGGGGGAAAGUGAAGGGAGCAGGACAGGAACAGAAGAGUGGGAGAGGAAGCAGGGUAGAAAGAGAGACAAAGGCAGCAGAAAAUCAAGCCACCAAAGUUCAAAUGCUUUCUUUUCAGUGAUUACUCUCAGCAUGUUCCAAUGAUAGAGUGUUAAAUCUUAUUUACAAAAGUGAACCUUUUGAUAUCAAGCCAUAAGAAGUUACAAAUCUCAAAAUCUCAUUUUGCAAAUUGGAAGCAAAUAUAUUUACUUGGGAGAAAUUAUGUAUAUAUGUGUUUCCAAAGGCAGAUAUUUUAAGGAACACUUUUGAUCCCACUUUCUACCCCCUUUUAACCUCGAACAUUCCCAUGAGCCAGUAACCAACACCUUAGGAAAGGAAGCAUUAUUAGAACUCUUGUAAGGGAAAGGGAAGGAGAAGCAGAUGAGGAGGCUUCCAUUUACUGGACACCUUUUUCUCACCCCAUGCUGGGAAGACACUUGAUAGGCUUUAUCUCCUCUAAUCUUCAGUGUCCUGAGAGGCAGGCAGUACUGGCUUCGUUUUCCAGAGGAGGAGGCUGAAGACAAGAAAAAUAAAUGACUGUACAAAAUCACACUACUAGAAAAUAGCAGAUUUAUGUUGCAAAUUCAAAUCUCUGAUCCCCCAACCCAGACUUUUUCAAACACCACAGCUGCCCAGUGGCAGCUUAGAUCCUCACUUUAGCGAAUGGUGCAACUUCAUUGUGCCCAUAGGGAAGGGUGGGUGGACCAGAGCCAGCAACCUGCUGUUGUGUGAUUGGAGAUCCCUGCCAGGCCAGGGUCUUCACAACCCACAUCCAUAAUAUUAUGGUCUCGUUGUGCAAAGCACUUGCUGAUAAGGCUGAGAUCACCUUUUCGUCUUCAUAGGGAUUUGCUCACUCAGCAAAUACUUGAAUGCUCCAAGUACUGGACAUUAUGAACUAGGUGGGUAAAAAUAGUCCCUUUUCUCACAGAGCUUUUACUAGAGGAAACAUAUUAAUCAGAUAAAACAUGAUUAAAUCUAUAAUUACAACUGGAAGGGACCUUGGAGAUCAUUGAGAUCAACAUAUAAAGCUGAGACCCAGGUCUGCUUGUCCAAGAUGAUAAAGCAAAUUAAUGGCAGAAUGAAGACCGGAACUCACAACUGAUUUUUAUUCUUAGUCUUAUGGUCCCUUAGUUAGGGAGGGGCCAUAGACUGGUAUCUAACCCCAGCCAGCCAUCUAAGCAUGUUGAUCCAUCAGUACACUAUUUUCAUGCCUAGGAAAACCAGAGAGUGCAUGUUGCAGUUACAAUCAGAGCAUACAGUGAACUGAACACCAAGGAUGGCAUUUCUCCUAUCUCUCAGGUACCACAGUUGCUCAUUUAUUAUUAGUUCAACAAAUAUUUAUGGAGUUCCCAUUGCCCUCAUGGAGCAUGCAUUCCAGCAGGGGAGACACACUAUAAACACAGUAAAUAAGCAAGUAAAAUAGUCGAAGAUGAUAUAUGAAUCAAAAAUAAGUCAAAAAAGGAAGAUAAGGAGUACAAGUGGAGAGCUGAUUAAAAUAUAGAUUGCUGGGUCCGUUCCCAAGUCUAUGCUUUGGUAGGCCUGGGGUAGCUCCAAGAAUUUGCAUUUGUAAUAAAUCGCAGGUAAUGCUGAUGUUCCACAUCCACAGACCACACUGUGAGGGCCACUAGGUUAAGUUGUUGCAGCUGGAAGAUAACUGGUAAGGUGAAGCUACCACCUGAGAAAUGAUGCAUCUCUUCAUAGGGGAAGCCACAGCCCCGACCACAAGCAGUGAGGAGUUAGGGCAAAGUCAGGUCAUGAAAAGGUGGGGACAACAAUUACUUCAUUGCUUUUCUAUCAGUGCUUUGCAUUUUCAUAGUAUUUAAUACUCUUACUAGUCCUUUUGCCUACUAUCUCUCUUGACAAAGUUAGCCUGUUAGGUAGGCAGAGCAGGUAUAUUAUUGCAUUUUAUAGAUAAGAAAGCUUCAGCACAAGCAAUUGUCUGACCUCCCUUGUGCACCCCAGUUGCUGUAUGCUACUCACCGCCUUUCCCCAUUUUGCUUGCUGUAGCUUUCCCCUGCACAUCUAUCCCUGAGUCAUUAAAAUCCAGGAUACAUAGUUGCUCUUUGCCUUUAGUUCUAUUCAAAACCCCACUUGCUACAAAUAGAUUAUCCAUGUAGCAAGUACUAAGCCCUACAUGAGUUUUUCCUGCCAUACAUUUCUCUUCUUCUAUUACCAGGUAUUGUACAGAGAAAAUGUUAACUCAUUUUAAUAUUAGCCUAAGCUAGAAAUAAUCAUUAUGAAAGCAAAUAUGGUAGGGGAAGAGCAUACAUAAUACUUUCCAAAGCAAAUAGUAAUGACAUUUUGAUUAUAUGUACCAUUGCUUCCAUUGCAUUAGUAGAGAUAAUUGAAAGUUUUCUGUAUCACUAGAGCACACAACAAAAUGAAAGUGGAUUUUGUUACGUUUGAUAACUGGUGAAUCACAUUCUUGGGUAUUUAAGUAUGCCAAAAACGAAUCAUGGACAUAAAAGAUAAAACCCUCCCUUCCAGUAUUUGCCCUUCUGGUUAUUUUUCUCCAGUCCUACACUGACUCAUAGCAAGAGGGUUAGCUCUCCCAAUGAAUCUCACACCCAGUGACCCAUGAGUUACAACCUACUCUCUUUCUCUUCAGCUCCAGUACUGCUUUUGACAAUUCAGCAAUCCAAGGUUUUAGAAACGUAAUUUCUAAAACUACCCUCAUCUGUCUCUCAAUCCACUGACAUUCUGAUAUCUUCCUCUGGUACUGCCAUUUGAACCACUCCUUUCUUCAAUAUGCACUGCUUAAGCAUUUACUGUGUACCCACGCCAGGAUACAAAAUAGGUUAGAAAUAAUCUUAUCCUCACAGAUAUAUGUGAGGAUAUAUAUAUGUGAGAUAUAUAAUAGAAUCACUUUGUGAGUUGUGUAGAAGGAAUAACAUUCAAGUAUAUUUUAUAGGUGAACUAUAAACCAUGUGAACUUCUCCCCAGUUCAUUCUCUGUACUCACGUUAUACUCAAAGAAAGCUAGGUGAUGAGUUGUUUGAGCUUAAACAUAAAUUAGGCAUCAUUAGGAAAGAAAAUACAGCUGGAAGAAGAGAGGGGUGAGGAUGGAGCACUACUGUGAGCACACAUGGAGAUGGCAUCAGCAGCCCAGAGCGUAACGGGAGAAGCAGAGAAUCUAAUAUCUGCUGUGGACUUUCUACAUGUGGACUAUGACUAAUGGAAUAUAUGAAGGUCAUAAAGUUUGGGUGAUUAGAACUUCCAUAUAGAUGAAAGAUUCAGUGCAAAUAGGUAUUUGCUGAACUUUAGACUCCAACAUGUGCUAUAAAAAUCACUAUUCCCUAAAACAGAAUUCAUGCCCACUGCAACACAGGUACUGAGCAUAUAAGAAAAUUAGCUGGGCUGUGAGGGAUGGUUUGGGAUGCAGAGGAUUUCAUUACUUGGGUCUGUAUUAGAGGAUCCAUGAGAAAGAUACAGGACAUGAUCCAGCCAUGUGGGUGUGUGCUUGCAUGUACACAUGUUCACGGGCACAGGAUGUGUGUUCAAGAUCAGUAGAAAGGAUUUUAUGAGGAUGUGAGCCCUUUAAAUAAAUUCCAAAUUCAUAAUCCAAAAAGGAAGACAAGUUUAGGAAACCAAAAAUUACAGUAAAAAGUUAAGGAUAAAAUUAGUUCUGGUGACCAAGCGGCACAAGGAAGACACACCUUCCUCUUACAUUGGGCCACCUGAAUGUGUAGCAGCUUUCAUUCCCUCAGCGACAUAAAGGAUCUGCCCAGAUCCUGGCUCCCCUCUGCUUUAGGGAAGCCUUUAUAAAUAGUAGAAUCCCCAGGCAGGACUCAGGGCACAUAAACAGCAGGAGCUCAGAUCUGAACAUUUUCUCCUGCUCUGCAGGCUUGUCCUGGCCCUGGAGGGAGUUUUUGCAGCACAGGUGCUGCUAUAUCCAGAUUUACCACCUAUCAAGGAUGCCAGUU